GAAAGAGUAAGCAGGAUGUGGCGCUAGGUGACGAAAGCUUGACGCUGAUGGAUGCAGCGCUGCAGUGCGGACAAACGGGUUGGAGAACCUGACACCCACAGUCCGCCUCUGACAGCUCGUCCAGGUCGGCGCAAACGGAGAUUCUGAGUCCUAUUGUUCCCGGGUUCCGCUCCCUGUUCUGAGUCCCGGUUCAGCGUCCAGCGUGAGGAGGCGCAGUCGUCCUCAUCCUCCGCGUCCUCCGCUGCAGCAUCGGGCUUUUGAUGAGCGCCCCCAGACUCUAAAGGGAAAUAAUCUGGCUUUUGUUCCUGUCUGGAUCCAGCAGCGGGUGUGUUCUGCACGACCCGGAAUGGUCUGACAUCGGGAGCGUUGGUAGAGAAUUAAAUGGUGCUUUAGUCCUGCGGGAUCCUGAGGCCCGAAUCCGUGUCUCCCAUUUAGAGGAACGGUGGGUUUUCUGGACCAGGACGUUUUGUGCCGAAAUAAAAUCCCAGAUGAAGAUUGCCAAAAGGCGGAAAAGGAGCGGACGGUGCGCCAGGCUACUAACACAGGAACAGGAAGGGUUUUGUCCCCCUCAGGAUUUGUUGUAAGACGUCAGGUUUUCCGGGAGCUCAGAACUAUGAUAAAUGGCUCUUUUAAGCUGGGAGCUGCUCGUGUUCUGUCUGGCUGGCAGAUGCAGUGCCUAGUGCCCGGCCUCCAGGACAACGGCAACAUGAACGGGACGUCGGAGCAGGCCGACAUCCUGCCGCCCAACUGCAUGGUCAAAGACCGGUGGAAAGUGCUGAAGAAGAUCGGUGGGGGCGGCUUCGGGGAGAUCUACGAGGCCUUGGACCUGCUGACGCGGGAGAACGUGGCGCUGAAGGUGGAGUCGGCCCAGCAGCCCAAACAGGUCCUGAAGAUGGAGGUGGCGGUGCUGAAGAAGCUGCAGGGUAAAAAUCACGUCUGUAAGUUUAUUGGCUGUGGAAGAAACGACAAGUUCAACUAUGUGGUCAUGCAGCUUCAGGGACGGAACCUGGCCGACCUGCGGAGGAGUCAGCCCAGAGGAACCUUCACCAUGAGCACCACGCUGCGGCUCGGGAAGCAGAUCCUGGAGUCCAUCGAAGCCAUCCACUCAGUGGGCUUCCUGCACCGCGACAUCAAACCGUCGAACUUUGCAAUGGGCCGACUUCCCUCCACCUACAGGAAGUGCUACAUGCUGGACUUUGGUCUGGCUCGACAGUACACCAACACGACCGGAGAGGUCCGACCGCCGAGGACCGUGGCCGGUUUCAGAGGGACGGUUCGCUAUGCGUCAGUCAACGCUCACAAGAACAAGGAAAUGGGUCGCCACGACGACCUCUGGUCGCUGUUUUACAUGUUGGUGGAGUUCGCUGUCGGACAGUUGCCGUGGCGAAAGAUCAAAGAUAAGGAGCAAGUGGGUCAGAUUAAGGAGCGCUAUGACCAUCGCAUGCUGCUCAAACACAUGCCUUCAGAGUUUAACAUCUUCCUGGACCACGUUCUGGCUCUGGACUAUUACACCAAGCCUGACUACCAGCUGCUGAUGUCGGUGUUUGAGAACAGCAUGAAGGAGCGAAUCAUUACAGAGAACGAGCCUUUCGACUGGGAGAAGGGAGGAAGUGACGUCACGCUGUCGACCAGUGCCUCCACCCAACCGCAGCACAACACACGACCCACCGCCGCCAUGGUGGGGGCCAUCGUGACACCGAUCCCUGGAGAUCUUCAGCGGGAGAACACCGACGAUGUUCUGCAGGAUGAGCAUCUGAGCGAUCAGGAGAACGCGCCCCCAGCCCCAGCCAGCCGACCGCCGGGGGACACGGCCGUACCGCACGUGGAGCCGGGAGAAGCCUGGGAGGACACGGACUUCAACCGCAACAGACUCAGGAUCAGCCUGAACAAGGGGACUCAGGAAGACGAGGCCGGUCGGGGGGCGUGUCCAGUGUCGCCCGUCCGAGGCGGCGCCCCAGAGUCGCCGACGGGUCAGGCUCGCUCGCUACGUUACCGCCGGGUCAACAGCCCUGAAUCGGAGCGCCUGUCUGCUGCUGAGGGUCGGGCAGACGCCUACGGGCAGAGGUCCAGGAUGGACAUCCUCAACUCGCCUUCCCGUCACGUCUACUCGUCGCAGCCAGCGCAGAUGCUAUCUGUCGAUCCUGGUUGUCGGGGAGACCGCCAGGUUAGCGGCCGCCAGGAGGUAUCGGUGGCGUCGGUGGACCAGGAGGCACACAGCAACGCCUUCAUCCGCUCGGUCCCUCUAGCCGAGGAGGAGGACUUCGACAGCAAAGAGUGGGUGAUCAUCGACAAAGAGACGGAGCUACGAGACUUCCAGCCCACAACGUCAGGGACGACUGACGAGGAGCCCGAAGAGCUCCGCCCCCUGGAGGAGCAGGAGGAGAGGCGGCGGCUACGGGCUGGAGGAGGUGAGCUAGUUGUUCGUCCCAAAACCCACACGAGGGAGAGCAGCCGGGGGAUGCUCACCCUGACGGAGGAGGAGGCGUCGAGGAGGAGCGGCGGGAGCCCGGCUCAGUCGCCCUGUCACUCGCUGCCAUCAGGACGCCCCCGCCGGAGAGAGUCCGAGCCCACUGGACCCCAAAGACCGAUGUUGUCACCCACGGAGCAGAGCACGCCAUCACCACCCUCCCCAGACUAUCGGACAAAGGGCCAGAGUGAUGAGAAGGAGCACUUCCACAUCCUUCCCCAGCUCCAUGCCAAGAGAGCUGACUUCCUCACCGUCAUGCUGACGGGAACGUUGCCUUCACGCCGCAGCUUUGCCACAACAGACGAGGAUGUCAUCAUACCUCCAGGCCCAAAGGAAGAUGAUGUCACAAAGAGUGAGUCCAACAGUGAGGCCAGUCAGAAAAGCACCGAACGUAGCCAAGACGCUGCACCUUCGACCCUCAUGGCCGAGGACCAGAGAGGCCAGAGAGAACACGCUUCAGCUGCUGAUGCAGACGUUGACCUAGAGGACGCCUCCAAAACUCUCGUCCUCUUCUCACCUGGAGACACUCGCAAAUCUCCCUCUGGUGCCGAUCACGUGCUAGAGGGAGAGUUGGCCACACCGACGGCCUUUACUUCUCGUAAUGACCGGCUCCCGGUUGGAGAGGCAGUCUUGCCUGAACCCUCUGAGACUGGACGUUUGUCCCCUGCUCUCAGGUCAGACUUGAGGCCUUCCACUCCUAUCGCUCCCGCAUCACCUCCCUUCACCAAAGUUGAGCGCACUUUCAUCCAUAUUGCAGAGACAUCGCACCUUAAUGUCAUGUCUUCUAACAGUCACUCUGCAAAGGAGAGUGACCGGGAAGUCUGUGCCAUCAUGAAGGAAUUAGCCACAGAGGAUGAACCCCAGGAGCAGGGCAGAGCUCUAGGUGCAGAAGAGUCUGUAGCAGCGUCAGACAAAACUGCUCGGGUGGAUAAACCUCCCCAAACUGAAAACGGUCCAUCAGCGGUCUCAACCCAGACUUGGGAGCCUGUCCCAGGAGCCACGUCACCAGUGAAUGAACACAAAGAUCUGCAGGAAACUAAGAAACAACCAUCAUCCAGUCAAGACGCCGCUAACCUUCAGAUGACUGGAUCAGACCUGCCAGCCACUACAAAGACCAGAAUUCGAAGCCGAAUUCCAGUUCUCAUCUCUGAGGAGGACUCAGGCUCAGAACAAUCUUCCUCCCUCUCAGCUCGGGUUCGUCUUCAGCAGCGGGCCAGGCAGCUGGACUUGGCCCGUCUUCUGGUCCAGAGGCAACAAGGCCGCUGGAUGAGAAGAAGGAUACUGUCUGGGACGUCGUCAUCUUUAUCCUCUGGGGACGAUGAGCGCCGAAGAGCUUCGGAAACUCUGUCCAUCGCCGGCUCAGAGGAAGACACACAUACAUCAGACGAGUCUAGGAGGAGCUUCCGUCUUAAACCCACAGAAGAGCAAGGUUCGAAGGACUGCAGGAGCAGGAUCCCCAGGCCUGUCACCCCCAUAAAAAGACCUUCAGAGGGACUUGCUGUUGCUCUUUCUCCUCUUUCUUUGCCGGAUGCCAGCACUAGCAAAGGAGCGUCAAACUUCAUGAACGGGACACAGAAAAUUGGACAAAGCACCCUCGGCGGCCAAAGGAAGCCCAAAGCUGUCCCAGCUAGAUCUUCUUCCUCGUGUGCUCGUCCUGCUGCCGUCCCUGCCCCGUCUGGCAGCCCUCGGAUACCCCUGCGAGUGUUGCUUGGCACCCGACGCAGCCUGAGCACCACCCACUGCAGGACUGAUAGCCCUUCUCCUCAGAGAGUUUGUCCUUCGCGGCAGCCCCUCUCAGUUCGAGCCCCAACUGUCCCCAUGCUACCGCCCAGGACUACAACAACUAUGCGGCGCAGCUCUUCACAGGAAGCCACGGCCCAGGCAACCUCUGGUACGACGCCCGCUAGGACCCGAGCUAAACCAGCCGCUGCAGCUAAAGGGAAACCAAAUGCCAGGGAGAAGAUGCUGCCCGCUAGAUAAUACAAAGAGACGUUUGUAUAAUCAGUCUUCAGAAAAGCUACGCCUCAAAUUUCUCACCUGAUUCCAUAUUAGACUGUAAUGUUACGACGACCUCCCUCAGUUCAUUUAAUAUGUAUGAAGGACAGCUUACUGAACUAUCUUCAUGGGCUUCCAGUAGUUAUGACUGCCAUGGUGCUACGGAAAUGUCUGCUGCUCCUUGGUGGAACUCUGACUCAGUAACUGGUUUGUCCAGCUUCAGAGACCCAUCUCACCCAAGGCUCCCAGCUUGUCCACAGCUGUACUACUCUGCUAUUAAUGAUACCUUGCUUGGUUCACGCUGCAUGGUGAAGUAUAUCACUGAUACAUGGAAUCUGUAGAGGGCAAACUGCGUGUGCUGUAUGAAAACCUGUACCUUUAAAUUAUUUGAUAUAACUCUCCUCCUGCUAUUGGCUCAGAAGUCAUAGGAACCAGUUGGAAGCCAAACAUUGUUACCACAAUAGAAACGUUUCCUUGUGCUGUGGUCUUGGAUGACAAGACGAGUGACGCCGGCUGCUCGCCUCCUCCUCAUGGUGUGACAUGGGCAUGCUUUAAUCAUUCUAUUUUUUAUGUGUUUUAUUUUGUUAAUGCUAUGAAUUGUAUAUAAUAGAAUCAUUUCCCAUAAAGACACCUUUAUUUUUUAUCUUGCCAAGCAAAGUGUACAUUUCAAGUCUUGAGCCUUCGUUUCAUUGUGUUGGCACUACGCCUGUUUUUUACGCAUGAGAAAAACAGGGUUAACCAUGAGAGGAAGUUAUAGAUGCUUGGAUUGGUUGAAGGCGUUGAACUGUGAAGUAAAGUCUUGGUCCUA